AUGACAGCAUUUGAUGGCACUCUUAUUGCUGGUGCUUUACAGUCCGACUAUGUGGACUUGAAUGACAAAGGAAUUUACUCAGUGCCAGAUAUCAAAGGUGGCCAAUCAGCAAAAUUAAAUGCUUAUUUUGGCUGGAAAUCUACUUCUGGUUCAGCUUCUGGUUAUCACAGGUUUAGCAACUACAUGGACAAAUGUUCAGAUGGACAAACUUACCUCACUGUGGACAAGCAUGGCAAGGUUAGCCUUCGGUUGUUGAGCUCGCUAAAAAACUUGGCAGAGGCUGACUGGAAAUCAUUUAAUCCACCCAAGAAACUAAAUCACCGCGAGUUCCGCUUCUGGGUCUCUCACAGUACAGGAAAAUGCCUCACUGUGUUUGGAGGCAACACAAAGAAACGAACUGUAGGUGUGGCCGAGUGCAAGUUUGAUGGCUCAAACCCGUACCAGCUGUUUGCCUUCCGCUUUCAUUACCACAAAGCCUUCUGUUGUUGCGGUGUUCACAAUGAGUGA